GUGGUGAAAGGCGAGCUAGCACGCCAGAUCGUAAGCUACAAAGAAUCAGAAGCUGCUCAUGCAAGGGCUGUACGGGGCCGUCAGGUGCUUUACAUGUUUGAGCAGUACUUUAAGACUAACGAAGAGGUUGGGGCCCUCUACUCGGUCGAAGACCUUCUCAAGGUCAGCUUGAUCAACGAUGACUUGAGCUCCUUUAUUCACAAUUGGGAGUCAGUUAUCGCAGGUAUUUCUCAUGUUCCAGAGGAAUUGACGCUCAGGGAUAUCUUGUUUAGGCAGAUUCGAGGCUCCCACAAGCUGAAGUAUGAUCUGGAUACGUAUGACCGUGCUAAGGAAGGUACCGAAACGCAUAGCUACCAGUUCCUCCUCAGUUCCAUCAAGAAUCUCCUCACCCGUGAGCGUGUUAGGAAGAACAGGGACAAGAUAGCUAAGGUGCAUGGUGCUAAGUACGGUGCCCCAGCUCCGGAAGAUGGCAAGGGCAAAGGCAAAGGUGGUGACAAGCAGAGACCCCCGUCUCCCGCCAAGCGCAGGAGGAGCAACAGCAGGAGGAAGAAGAAGGGUGAUAAGCCAGCAGCGUGUUGCGUCCUAGUAGCAAGGGUCGAGCCAGAAGCCACCCGCGAGGGCGCCCGCAAGGGUGAGCCCACUUCCUCUGACCGCUGGGAGCACAAAGCCAAGGAAGGAGUCCUCAUCCGCCAUCACGUCACUCCAAGGUCAGACGGGUUCACUCCGGCUAAGGAUUCGCCAGUGCCUGUCUCUCGGCUUAAUGCUAAGGCUGUGGUUGUCAUGAGCCUUGACCCUGAGGGAAGAUCAAGUGUUGAGAAAACCUGGGAUUGGAGGUCCGGCAAGUUUGAUUCAGGCCUCGGGGAUGUUCAGUGGAUCAAUCGCUUCAAGACAGCGCAGGAAUGCCCACAGGGUGACCCCGAAGACGUGGCUAUUUCUCAGUCAGAGUUUGCAAGCACUGUUGUGUUGAUCUUCAGUCCAACAACCAGCAGCCGCAAGCUCCCGCGUGCCCAGCGUCCACACCUCUUGAGGUUAUCGCUGACACUGGUCAACUCCCCUGAGCUAGGAUCAGACCUUUCCCUUUUCACGUUAGGGGAAGCGCCGUACUUCGUCCGUCCAGAUGGUAAGCGAGUCAACUGCCGUCUCAGGGGGCGAGUUCCAGUGUUCGGAAAGGCUGAGCUUGAGGAAGGAGUUAUCAUGACCAUUACCAUUUUCAAUCUUCCCGAGGGCGAAGAGGAACCAGACUUGACUGAGUUUGGGUUUCAUGACCAGAAGGAUGGCUUCGUGAUAAAAGAUUUUUACACGAGCUUCCGCUACUGCUAUCCCUCAGAAACGAAGACCGCUGAUCAAUGCCAUGAGGACUUUCUCCAUUUCCUUCAGGUAAAAGACGAUGUUGGUAUCGUCUACAGCGACAACGCACCAGAGUUGAUUGCUACAACGAAGAAGUUGGGGAUUCGUCGCAACACAUCAAGGCAGUAUGUUGAUAAGAACAAGGCAGUCAUCGAGCGAGAGAUCCGAACUGUGUUGGAGGGUACACGGGCUAAUCUGGUUCAGUCCGGGUUGCCUGAGCGAUACUGGCCGCUUGCUUCAGAGCACCAUUGUAUGGCCCUCAACACAACUACCAGGCUGGACAACGGCAAAGUUCCCUGGCAACUAAGGUUCGGUGAGGAUUUUAGUGGAAUGAAAAUCCCUUUUGGUGCCAAGAUUCUCUUUUGGAACAACCCAAAACUCAAGGCUCCUAAGAUCUCUAAGUUUUCUCCCACUGCUGCUGAGGGAAUCUUCUUAGGGUACCACAUUCAACCGGGAUUCAUUUGGAAAGAAGAGUACCUGGUUGUUCCGUUGGACAAGAUUGAGGGUGCUAUCGAAGCCAAUGACCUGAAAAUAAUUCGGUCCAAGAAGGUCGAGUUGUUGCAAGGAGAUUUUGUGUUGCCCCUAGCGUCGGGUUUGGAAGCUCUGGGCAACCAGAAGCCCCCUCAACUUGACGAUCAGAAUGCCAACGUACGUCCAGCGGGACUUGAAGCUGUUGAGGAAGCAGACCUCGCCGAGUACGCGCCGUCCGAUGUCGAGGGAGAGGAAAAGGACUCACCUGAGCCAGGACCAAUUGGUCCGCCUCCUCCGGAAGCUCCUAGGCCUAAAACAGGUUGGGAUCCUUUCAAGAUGCCGGAUGGUUCCCCUGUCCCAAAGGGUUACACCUAUGACGGUACUCGACUUGUUCGUAACAAACGUGGUUCUGCUAGACCUCUCGACACUCCUUCGUCUGCAUGGAUGAUGAUGUCCCAAAAGGACAGAGCUGCUGACGCAGAAAGGUACCGUAAGAAACUUGAAGCGCAAAAGGAGGCGGAGUAUCAGGAGCUGAAGAAGGCUACUCCAGCUAUGCCAGUGAUUGAAUGUCAUCGGGAAAGAUACGCACAUCUUUGUGUUGACAAACUAGGCGAAAUUGCCGAUUGCAUGUAUGCGCUAGUAGCUAAGAUCCUCCAGCAACCUGAGAUUCAGCGUACACCGGAUGCCAAGGCUGCUCUCGACAAGGAGUGGCAGAAAUUGGUAGAUAAGGGAUGUUGGAUUGAGAAACAGGUGCGGGAGUAUGAUCAAGUUGCUUCUGAGGCCCAAAAGAAGAAGUUGAAGGUUCACUUCGGUAGGGUGUUUGAGAUUUGCACUUUGAAGGGGUCGGAAUUGAAAGAAGGAGAUCCCAAUCGCAAGUACAAGGGCAGAUCCGUGUUUCAGGGCAACAAGGUCUUGGACGAAAACUCGGAUCAUGCGUUGUUCGCUGAGCUGGGUAGUAGUCCUGCAUCCAUGGAGGCCGGUAAAAUUAUAGAUGUGUACGGGUCUCAGCCCGGAUUCACAAAGCAGCAGGCUGACGCACGUCAAGCGUACACACAAGCCUUGUUUGGAACGGAGACAUGGGUUCGUCUUCCAAGGAAUCGCUGGCCAAAGUCUUGGUCUGGCGUGAAGGACCCUGUCGCACCAUUACGUCUUGCUCUGUACGGCCAUCCCGACUCCGGGGGGAACUGGGAACAGCGUUGUACUAAGGAACUCACUAAGGCUGGUUUCGUCGCUGUUCUACCUGACAUUUGGCCUUCGGUGUUCCAUCAUCCUAAAUUGGACCUCCUCUUGGUUAUUUACGUUGAUGACUUUAAUUAA